AUGACUCCUUCUUCAGUAUCCCUCUCUAUCCUCCUCGUUGCUGCCCUCUUUUCUCAAGCCUCUUCAGGUCCAUAUGGUGCUGACACCACUGUGUGUUGCUUCAGCUACACUCUACGGAAGCUCCCCCAGAAUCAUGUGAAGGAGUAUUUCUACACCAGCAGCAAGUGUCCACAGCCAGCAGUUGUGUUCGUCACCAGGAAGGACCGGCAGCUCUGUGCUAAUCCUGAUGCCAGGUGGGUGAAGGAAUAUGUGAACUUCCUGGAGCUUCAGUGAGGACUGGGAGYGGAGAGAAGCCCAUCGCUGAAAGUCCUACAAGAUUAUCCAGCAAAAUCAUCUCUCAGGCCUAGAAAUGCUGCUGCUGAGCACUAAGGCCAAAAGCCACCUCAGUGCCAUUGAAGUUCCUUUUGUCCUGCCAAGACAUGGUUUCUCCAYUGCAAUUCAGCCACCCGUAUGGGCAGCUGCAAUGCUGGGGACCUCCUGGCCRUGCAGAGCCACUUUGUCAGCCUGUUGUGUGACCUGGGGUGAAACUCUGUCCCUUCCUUGUGCUUCUGAUGCCACAAGGGGAGAGGAACGUUUAUCUUGAAAACUAUUUGUGAAAAGUGGCUUGUUAAAGUUAGAUAGGAACGCUGUUACGUGAAGCCAGACUGACAUCGCAGUCAGCAGCUAAAUUUCACCACGUGUGAUAGAUGCUGUCAGCGAGGUCUGUGCCUUCAAUGGAGGAAUUGCUACGCUGACUGUUCACUAGAUUUGUGCUCUGGAACCGCCUUGUUCAGCCUUGUUGUCCAAAUGUUGUCUCUUGCUGGUGCCGUAGAAUAAAGAUUACCAUCUCUCU